CCAUUGACAAUUGGCGUUUCGAUACGUCAUAGACUAGCGAAUUAUUAAGCGUAACUCAGUCCGAUAUCAAGGUUGGAGCAAUCAGUUUCAAAGUAUCCAUUUUUGUGGCUGCAUUUUGCAAAAGUGCACUUAGUACAAUGGAAAAUAAAUACAACAUGAAAAGUCCCGCUGUAAAAAGGCUUAUGCGUGAAGCUCAAGAGCUUUCUCAGCCUACUGCAGAAUACUUUGCUCAGCCAGUUGAAGAUAACUUGUUUGAAUGGCAUUUCUCAGUAAGAGGCCCAGCUGAUUCAGACUUUGAAGGUGGAGUGUAUCAUGGAAGAAUUUCACUUCCUCCUGAGUACCCUUUGAAACCUCCAAGCAUUAUGCUACUCACGCCCAAUGGAAGAUUUGAGGUUAACCGCAAAAUUUGCCUUAGUAUAUCUGGUCACCACCCUGAAUCUUGGCUUCCAUCAUGGUCUAUACGUACAGCUUUACUAGCAAUAAUAGGAUUCAUGCCAUCUCCUGGAAUGGGGGCCAUUGCAUCUCUUGACUAUUCACAAGAGGAAAGACAAAAGCUUGCCAAAAAGUCUCUUGAAUUUGUGUGCCCUGAAUGUGGAAAGAUUUUAAACCUUCUUCAAGAACCCAGUCAGUUGACAAAUGAGAAUGAAGCCGUUCAAGCAGAAGCCAGGGAGAUCGCUGCCCAGGUUACAAUGAAGGGUGAAUCGAGCAAUGAAAACCCCACACAAGAACCUGUACAUACGGAAGAGCCCACUACUAUCACUCAGCAGCAGCAACUGCAACAACCAGCAGCAGCAGCACCCAGUACGAAUAAUAAUGAUGUUUCAUACAACUAUAUAAUCGCUGCCAUUGUUGUGGCUUUAGCAAUUCUUUUGUUCCGCCGAUUUGCUUCAUCUAUGAUGGCAUGAAAAUCAGGCCAACAGAUAAAUAUUUUAUUGUUUUCCAAAUUUCAUAACUUGCAUGACAUGAGGAUGAAAGUACGGAUCAUAUCCUGGCAGUUGUAUAUGAGAAACUGCUAGGAACAAAUGCUGUAACGGUGUGGCAAUGAAACUUGUGUAUGACUUGUGUAUUCAUUUACUAUCGCAGAUAAAAAAUUGUUACAAAAUUACACUAACAAAAUUGUG